AUGCCACCGGCAGCUUCGGACGAUUUGUUUCGCCAGCAGUCCUUAGGUGACACCAACCCACUUCCCGAGGAUCUCAACCGAGUAACCCUGGAGCAUGAUAUCGGCGGAAAGAGCAAGAAGAAGGGGAAAAGUGGAUCUAAAGCGAAGGCGAAGGCGGCUAAAGCAGCCUCAAAAUCCCCGCCUGAAGACCUUCUAGGAGCGUCGCCGCCGCUGCAGGAUGAACCGUCAUCUUGCCCGAACCCGACACUGGAGUCUCAUAAUGACAGCAUUGUGUCACCAGUGCUUGAUGCUCUAGACUCAAUUGGAGACUCCCCCGAGAAUGACCUUGUUUAUCGCACUGAUACCUGGGCCAAGUCCAUCCCAUUUGGGAAAAGCCCUCCAAAUGAUGCUGCUGAUGGCGAAAUCGACAGUGGAUCUCCCUUUGGGUUCCUCACCAGUCAAGACAAGGGCGGAUUUAGUCAUCCCUCUUCGACAUCUCCCCCUCCGAGGACGAGACCUAUGAGCUAUGGGCAUGGAUACUCGACUAGUAGUGUGUCAAGGCAGCCAUCCACAGACCGACAGAAGAGUCACUCCGUUAACAGCCCAUUCAACAACCACGUACCUCUUCCACAUCUGCCACAGGCCCAUUUCUAUGGAGCGCCCGACAUUGACUUGCCUUUGUUCUCUGGUCAGAGCAGGGCCCCAGCUGAUGGGAAUUACUCAUUCUGUGCCUUUGAUACAAUGACUAGUCCAUUAUUCAAGGCGUCACGAAUGGGGGGCAGUGUUCUGCUCGUCGGUAUGGAUGGCGUCUUGGAUGUCCUUGCCAUUGAAGACCGCAAGACGCGUCUUGUUGGGAAGUUGGCUGGUCUCAACGGCCGUGUCAUUGAAGCUAAAUUGCUGAGCAACGCUUCAGUUAAUGACCCAUUCUUAUCAUCUAGACCUCACGUCGCUGUCAUCAUCCAUGGUCCUUGCUCUCAACCGGAUGAUGAGGGUCACGUAUCUUCCAACGGCUCUGAGGCAAACGAAGUACCUGCGGGGCGACAGUCGGCCGCGGGAGGGCGCAUGAGCAAAGAGGAGCCGAUACAUUACCAGACACGAGUCGAGGUGUAUUCACUAAGAACAGGGGAACGUGUAACCACGCUUCUGUCGACCCCGCCCAGUCCAUGUUAUGGUAAUAUACCCGGUCUGCCUACCUUGGCGCCCUCCCCGGCCGGGAACCUGAAGCUGUUUGUGAGCGGCAGCUAUAUUGUUGUUGCCUCUGGGACUAGCGGAGAAGUGUUUAUGUACAGCAUUAACCGGUAUCAGUGCCUGGGGAAGACGUGGACUAACAUCAAGUCAAAGGAGUCUCGGCGUUACUCUACGUCUUCGAGCUCCACUGACCCGGAUGGAUCCCAGUCUGACUCUCCACAUGGAUCCCCAAGCUUCGAUACUCCAAUCAUCUCCCUCAAGGGGAGAUGGCUGGCUAUAGUCCCACCAUCAGCCACCUGCAAAGCUAGUCUCCGCGGAACAGUUCCAGCGUCGUUGCUGCAAGGCAAGGUCGUCGGGCUCGAGACUCGAAACCCCCCGUCACGACCAGCGAUCAAUUGCGCUACAGAUGUCGGUGAGGGUGAAAGUCUUUUUGGCAAAGUUGCUCGCGGCGUUACCCAAGAACUCAUGCGAGGCGCGCGCUGGAUGGGUGACCAGGGACUGCAAGCCUGGAACAAUUACUGGAACAAGGAGCAGUCGCAGAGCGUGCCAGCACGCCGUUCCCCUAACUUGAUGGAUUUUCCACCACAGGGAUAUAAUCUCUUCCCUCCCACACAUGCUCAAGAAACCCAGGCCGUGUCGGCGACCGAGCCUGAUUUGGUGUCCAUCUUUGACUUGCGAAAGCUUGACGAGGGUGGUGAAACGAAGAAUGCUGUGUUCAACCCCGUUGCCACUUUUCAGGUGCCAAACGGCUGCAGCUUUCUCUCGUUCUCUCCCAACGGCCUCAUGCUUCUCACGGCGAGCAAGAAGGGAGAUGUUCAGUAUGUUUGGGACUUAAUGCAGGCCAAAUACUGUCGGGCAGGAGCUUUGCUGUCUGAUGACCCAGCAGCUGUACAGCCGAGCGUGCGGCAGGUCGCCCGAUAUCCGCGACUGACCGCAUCCCAUAUCGUUGACGUGGUCUGGUGUCCUCCUUCGGGUGACAAGCUAGCAGUCAUCACUGCGAAACCGACUGUGCACGUUUUCGAUCUGCCACGAAGCGCGUUCCAAUGGCCCCCUUUCCGUCGAUCCCGACCACAGCCUGCCAAACCCCAGCCUACCGAUCUACCCCCGGAAGAGCUUCCUGACCGGACGGCUUCCGCAAAUUCCCUGUCAGCGGCAUUCAAGAUGGUUGGGGGUAAGACACAGCCUAUCCUUGCCGCAGUCAGGGGUCGAACUCCAUCCACUGGUGCUGCAUUCCCCUCUGUUGGCGGAUUUGCGAUGCCAUCUGCUGCAGGAGUGAGAGGUGGAAAGGCAGUUGCUGCUGGCCUUAGCAAGUCAAUGGGGGCGGCCGCUACCGGUACUGUCAAGACCGUCAAUACGUUUAGACAUGGUGGCGAACACCGCCUACACCUCUCCGGGCUCUCCCGGGAUCCUGUUGCAUCCCGUGUGACGUGGAUUACCCACAAGGGCAUGCCAUUUUUGGGCUUAAUAGACGGAGGAUACUUCCGCCUCUAUAGAAUUAAACGCUCUGCGUCGCCCAGCAAGAAUCGGCAGCUACAGUCUGUGAUUGGAAGCAAAGAGCUCGACUUUCGGUUGCCCUCCCAUCUGCAGACCCCUUGCGGCCCCAUGACCCUGGGGACUUUCAGUUCGGAGACAACUGUUUCUGCAACAUUGGCCCUGCCAACUUCAACUCCACGACUGCCUCCGGCAUCGAAGCUUAAGUGUCAACCACUGUCACAGGCCGAGAUUGAAACAAACACCCCGUUCCAACCAUUUCACACUGAUCAGAGGGUAAACCUUUUCGUGUUCUCCGAGGCGGAUGAUACCGUGAGCUCGGUCCCGACCGGUCAGUGGGUCUUUGGUGGCCCUAUGUCGACAACCAAGCUUCAUGUGCGCCCGUUCAGCGCUAGUAGCGAGGAAGAGGACGACGACAUGGUGCGUGAACAGCACCAGGGCUUGGGGGCUGAAAUGGAGAACCUGAUCAGUCUGGGGAACAGUACUGGCAAUGUUGAAGAAGUGGUCAUCACCACGCGCCGGAAAAAGAAGCAAGCCUCAGCGCUGUCUUCAGGUGGCGGGGUAGAUGACGGCUUCUUCGAAGACGACUGUGAGGUCUUGGAUUUUGCCCGGGACCGUGUUUAACGUUACCAUUGGACGAGGGGAGGAGAUCAUUGGCCUUGAACUAAUAUGCAACAUUUUAGACCUUACAUUGGUAUCGGCGUUGGCGUGCUUGGGAUUUUGUACCACUCCUUU